AUGGGUUUCCUUUCAGCAUUAUUCCCCUGCCUGCGGUCUGGGAAAGCUACUGGAGAUACAGCUGAGUCGCAACCACCAAAACCUGUCCCAGUGUCAUCGCCAGAUAACGCUGUAGACCGCACGGGAAAAGAGCCCGCAAAAACAUCCUCUCCAGCAGACGUGGCACAGGAGACCUCAGGGGAACCUCAACAAACAAGCGAGCAAGAAACACCGACUGCUACUGAGACCUCUCAGCCACACGAUGAUCUUGCGUCGAAGGAAGAAGAAAAAGAUGUUUCCACCGAACCAGAGCCUGCAGCAGCAGCAGCAGCAGCAGCAGCAGCAGGAUCACAAGAUGUCCCUGACGAGAAAUCGCCGGAGAAAGUCGUUACUCCCGAUGCGGAUAAUGAAGCCAGCCAUGGAGCUGAGACUGGUGCCGCGACAGCAAAAGAGCCAGACAACAGCACUACGAAAUCUUCGACCGCUGAAACACACCUGACCCAGGAGGCGCAGGAGCAGGAGCAGGAGCAGGUGACGAAGCUGCAAUCCACGGACGAGGCCAAUGUGCCAGAUCUGGUUCCCGACCUGUCCCCGACGACAUCCGACGAUCAUCAUGAUCAGCAGCAGCAGGAGGAGCAGCAACAGCAGGAACAAGAAGAACAACAAGAACAGCAGGAACAAAAACCACAAGAACAGCAACAACAAGAACAAAAGACCAGCCGAAGAAAAUCCCUAGUCCGAAUCUUCAGCAAACGCCAAUCACAAUCCGGACGACCAAUUCUGCAAAUCCCGCGGACCACAUCCAAGAGGACGAAAGCAACACAAAACCCGUCGAUAUCGCCCAUCACGCCUACCUCCCCCGCCAGCGGCAGCGGCAGCGCCGCGAACGAGAAGAGCGUCGAGUCGAUGUAUUUCCGGCUCGAAGGGCGGAAGUGGAAUGAGAAUUCGGAUAAUGAGUCUCUGUACUGCUAUUAA